UCAUCCUCCAUCAUUCUCUCUCGCGCGUCUGGGGUUGCUAAAGCUGUUGGUUUGCCCGAGUCAUUUCCCCGUACUUCGCAUUAUUCAUCUUUCUGGAUCACUCUUAAUUAAUUAAUCACCUACUUUAAUUCGUUCCCUGUUCGUUCUCAUCCACUCCCUUCUUUUUCUCCUUGUUUCCCCUCUCCUCCAACCUCACAGCUUCAACCUGGAAAUAGCAUCACAUUUCCAUCAUCAUGGUUCUCUCCGAUUUGCCGACCAUUCAAUACACUCCCAUUGAGGAGAUUCAGGGUCGCGUGUCGACUCUGCGCAAGACCUUCGCGGAGCACAAGACCCGCGAUGUCGAGUUCCGCCUCGUCCAGCUUCGCAAGCUCUACUGGGCGAUCAAGGACCAUGAGCAGGAAAUCGCCGAUGCCUUGACCCUCGACCUGGGCAAGCCGCGCUUCGAGACCGAGGUCGCCGAGACCGGAUGGCUGCUGAACGACAUCGUCUUCAUCACACGCCACCUGCAACAAUGGGUCAAGGAUGAGAAGGCUCCCGAUAUUGACUUGACCUUCAAGUUCAUGAGCCCCAAAAUUCGCAAGGAUCCUUUGGGUAUGGUUCUGGUGAUCGGUGCCUUCAACUUCCCCUUCCAGCUCACCCUGGGUCCCGUCCUCGGUGCCAUCGCCGCCGGUAACACCGUGGCUAUCAAGCCCAGCGAGAAUGCCCCGUACAGCGCCGUCGUCAUGCAGCGGAUCAUCGAGUCCGCCCUCGACCCCUCGUGCUACACCCUCAUCCAGGGCGCCAUUCCUGAAACCCAGGCCCUGCUCGCCGAGCGCUGGGACAAGAUCUUCUUUACCGGUGGUGCCGCCGUCGGUCGCAUCAUCGCCAAGGCCGCCGCUCCCCAUCUGACUCCUGUCGUGCUCGAAUUGGGCGGUAUCAACCCGGCCAUCGCUACCAAGACCGCCAACCCCCGCCUGGUCGCGCGGAGACUGCUCUGGGGCAAGGGCUUGAACGCCGGCCAGGUCUGCACCUCGCACAACUACACCAUGGUCGACAAGGCGAUCUUCCCCGCCGUUGUUGAAGAAUUCAAGAAGGCCUACAAGGAGUUCUACCCCGAGGGCGCCAAGGCGUCUCCCGACUACGCGCGCAUCAUCAACGAGGGCGCCUUCCACCGCCUCAAGUCCAUGAUCGACAACUCCAAGGGCAAGAUCCUGAUGGGUGGAACCAUGGACGAGAAGGAGCUUUUCAUCGAGCCCACACUGGUCCAGGUCGACUCGACCGACGACUCCAUGCUUAUCUCGGAGAGCUUUGGCCCUCUGAUGCCUAUCAUGGCCGUGGAUAACCUCGAAGAAGCCGUGAACAUUGCCAACGGCAUCCAGUCCACCCCGCUCGGCGUCUACCCAUUCGGCUCCAAGGCCGACACGGAUCGAAUUCUCGCGACCACCCGCUCGGGCGGUGCUUCCGUCAACGACUCGGCCCUGCACAUCCCCACCCUGCCCUUCGGUGGUGUCGGUGAGAGUGGAUACGGCGCCUACCGCGGACGCACCAGCUUCGAUGUCUUCGUGCACCGCCGUCCCAUCACCAGCAGCCCCAGCUGGCUCGAAUCGAUCCUGGCCAUCCGCUACCCCCCGUACGCGGGCAAGCUCAGCAAGUUCCAGGCGGCCAGCACGCUGACGCCGGACUUCGACCGCAACGGCCAGAAGGUCACCCUCGGCUGGCUGCGUUACUUUCUGACUCUCGGAGGCGGCAGCGCCAAGGCGGGAGCCGGCCGCGCUGCUGUCGUUGCUGCCGACCGGGGCUAAAAUGCCUUUACUGGCCAUGCCGACCUUUCUACCGUCGGCGUCCGAUAUAUACCUUGCCAUUCUUUUGACCCUUUCCUUUCUUCUGUAUCCCAUUUGGUCUCCACAUAUUCCAUCUAUACCCCAUUUACAUUGCCCAUAUAUACCUACAUGUUAAUCAUCCCUUGGAUUGGACAUACACUCAUUUACAUCACACAUAUUUUCUUUCUUUGUUCAUAACUAAUCCCGUGCAGUGGCCUACGUCGUUCUGCAGGUUCUCGAGCGCCGUGCUUCGAAGCUCUAGUGUGGCUCCACGACUGUUUGGUUAAUGAAUAGUUAAUACA